AUGGAGAAAAGUUUUAGGAACUUGGGUGCAUAUGAGAUUACUCAAAAGUGCACGGGACCUGAGACUGGUUCGCCGCGAAAAUGUCUCGGUCCCGAACGUUUAGCCGGAAGCAGUCAGGAGCCACCUAUCCUGCUAAUAGGCGAUCCGAUCGGGGAUCAGGGCCAGCGUGAUGUGGAAAACAAGCGGAUGCAGAAGCCGCCGAAGGAUUAUUUUUUAAGAUACACAGGUGUGAUUUUCUUGGUGUGGGCGUUAGGUAGUUUUUAG